AUGGGCAGGACGUCGCCCGUGUUUUGGCUCCCUCUGAGUCGGCACCUUGACUAUUCAAGAUGCCUAGCACAGAAGCCACGCAGACGGGCCGGCGGAGCUUUGAAGGGCAUACUUGCUAUGUCUCGCUUUCUACAACGUGCCUUGGAACAGCAGACCAAGGACAGCAAACCGCUUGCAUCUACACCAGCAACGCAAGCUGCUGAGAGUUCCCUGCCGCCACCCUUCCACUCCUAUGACCCUGGCCCCCAAAACACCAAGGACGUAGCCUUCGAGUUCGACAUCGACAAGUGGGACGCCGAGGAGUACAUCAGACAGUUCAUCGCCGACCUCGCGGACGAGCACCCAGCCUACUACAGCACCGUCAGCGUGCGCGCCAGCUGCCACCUGUCGCUGAGCCGGCUCCACGCGCUCGGCUCGCUCCCGCAGCGCGACGGCUGCCGCGCCUGCGGCGAGCUGUUCCGGGCGCCCGUGAUCCACGCGCAGGUCGGCGCCGCCCUGUGGGAGAAGCUCGCAGCCGAAGUCCGCCGCGGCAGCGACAGCGCACUGUUCCGGCCCCAUGCUCAUGUACCCCAGGCGGCAUCACAGUCAAGCUAG